UCGACUCCAAAGAGAGAGAGGCCAACAGCCCAACAAUGAUUUGCUUAACAGCCUCCUCUCUCCCAAGCAACCUCUUCCCAAUCUGUCAAAACCCCAUUUACCUUCAUAAAAGAACCUCAACCAGAUGCAGUAAAAACCUGAAAGCUUCUUCUUCUUCAUCGUCUUGUUUACCAUUGAACCGGGUGCUACACAAGUCUCUUUUUCCUUUGGCUGCUUCAGUUACUAUCUUCCUCUCUCCAUCUCCAGCUAAAGCUGGAUUCCUGUCAGGAUUCUCUGGAAUAGAAUCAGUUCCUGGUCCUCAAUUACCUCAAAUUGACUUCUUACACCGCUUCAACGAAGAAAAUCAGAAGAAGUACGCUGAAGCUGAUGAAAGAUUCAAGUCAUCCCCCUUGCUCAAGCAGCUGUUAGAGAGGUCAAAGCAGAACCAAGAAAGGAACAGGCAGGAAACUCUGGAUAGGUACUGCCUACGUGGGGCAGAGUGGGGUAUAGGGGAUUGCUCAGUGGAGGCAAUGUCGCCUGAAGAGAAAGAAAGCUUCAUCGCCAUGUUGAAGCAGAAGUCUGGAGUAAAAUGAAUGGAGGGUGUUCAGGUCAAAGCCUCCCCUUCGACUAAGAGUAGAAGCAAAUCCCAACAUGGCAAGAACCCUUUUUGCCCUCCAUUUCUUAGACAAAGUAAACAUGUAAUGGUGUUGGUUAUAGGCAUUUUGGUGAGGGAAGAUGAAAGCCAUGCUUGGAUUGAAAUGGCAUGCUACUUAAGCAUAUGACUGGAUGAGUACUUGUCUCAAAUCUUUUGUAGCUUGAAGUUUUCUCUUUCAAUGGAAAGAAACAGUUGCUUAUAAG